AUGCCCGCCCGCGGCGCCCAUGCGGCCCCCUACAGCUACUGCAGCGAGCCCCGCGCCCUGCCCGCCCGGGCCAAGUACCGCGCGGCGCCCGAGGCCGCCGAGCAGGAGAAGGGGCCGGUGCGCUACGCAAACCUCAUGUACGACCGGAGAGUGGUGCGCGGCAACACCUACGCGCUCCAGAGUAUCCAACCAGAUCCCCUGGAAAUUCAGAGGCAGAGAGAAGCGCGGAGAAGAGCAUUGUUCAGAAAACGAGCAAAAGAGCAGAUGCAGCCAAGAACACCUGAGCCUGUGGAAGGCAGAGAGCAUGUUCAUGUGCAGACAGAGCUAUAUUUGGAAGAGAUUAGGGACCGGAUAGUUGAAGUUGAUGUGGAGUGUCAGACAGAUGCCUUUCUGGACAGACCACCCACACCCCUCUUCAUACCAGCCAAAACUGGAAGAGAUGUGGACACGCAAAUAGAAGAAGGAGAGUUGUUUGACUUUGACAUUGAAGUGAAGCCGAUGCUGGAAGUGCUGAUAGGGAAGACCAUUGAACAAUCCUUACUGGAAGUCAUGGAAGAAGAAGAGCUGGCCAACCUGCGCGCACAUCAGCGUGCCUAUGGGGAGCUGCGUAACGCAGAGCUGGCUGAGGUGCAGCGCUUGGAAGAACAGGAGAGGCGAUACAGUGAGGAGAAGGAACGUCGCAAACGUCAGCGAAUGGAAAUGCUGCAAAAACAGAAAGAGACCACAGAGAAAAUUGCAGCUCGGGCAUUUGCUCAGCGUUACUUGGCUGAUCUCAUUCCAUCAGUCUUCAAUAAUCUUCGUGAGAGUGGCUAUUUCUAUGACCCUAUAGAGAGAGAUAUUGAAACAGAAUUCCUUCCAUGGCUGAUGACAGAAGUAGAAGAAGCGUUGGAGAAGAAAGUUCUGGGGAGGACAGUGCUUGACUCCUUGAUUUGCACAGUGGUUGGAAAACGCUUAGAUGCCUUUAGUCGAGAACAACUGCCUGGCCAGACAGAGAUUCGCGCUGAAGAGCUCGUGACAACAGACGCAGCCCCAGAGCCAGCUGGUCUGACAGAAGAUACCAACCAACCAGCUGAACAGAAAGAAGUGACYGAGCAGCCUCUUGUUGAGGAGCAAGUUGUGCCUCGCAUCUCUCUCCAGUCAGAGGAAUCAGAUCAAGCAGAAAUGGAGGAUUUUCUAAGUGAAGAACAAGAAGGAGAUGUACCUUAGCCUGGAAGACUACCAUGGAUCAUUUUUGAAAAGAUUCAAGAAAACAAAUACCAACUUGAAUAUUUGUUCUUUUAAAAUGUUACAAGGGGAGAGAGUGAUCACCUGGAAUACUUUCAUGUUUGUCACUUCUGCUUUGUGUUUUAUUGCUAAAAAAAUACUUAGC